CCGCGAUUGUCUCUCUUUUUUAGUGUGUGAGUGUGUGUGUGUAAGACGCGAUAAAGUGUAAUAACAUCCGAGGCAGCUCCGUGGAGAAAGGCUGCGUGAAACGGACCCGAAGCGGCAGCGUUGCUCGCAGUACGUUGUUUGCAGCUGAAGUUAGUACCGCUGGCGGAGUGAUAUGUUUGUUGGUUAUUUACAGUGUGUUGUAUAGCACGCGCGCGUGGUAUACAGAAUCGCGUGAAGAGUUGAAUUUGUUAUCUUCAGAAAUUUCCGCGUCUCUGUCAAACCCUGAUACCUCAACAAGACUAAAGGAAUUUAAUCGUAGAGUCUACGAUCACCUGUCCCUUAACCUCCUGAAACAAUUGAACUGGCUGUGGCACGUCCAAUGGUUCCACCCCUUUGGUCCCUUCUCUGAAUUCUGAUUGGAACAAUGGAAGGCCAGUCUCCUCCAAACAAGUGACUCUGGCAGGAGAGUGCAGCGCUCCAGCUGUGUGGAUGCUGAAUGGGCAGGGAGGUUAAACGCAGCGCUGGAACUGAAGACGGCCGCAAAUAAGCAAGUCCUUGGAUAAGGUUUUUAAGUCAUGAUGCAAGAGUCGGGGACAGAGGCGGCAAACGGAACGGCCCAUCAGAACGGCGCUCCGCCCAGUGUGGAGGGACACCGAGAAGUUCGGUCCAAGAGCACUACUCCUUCCUCUGACAUCACAGCAUCUGACAUCAUCAACUUCCAGCAGCACCAGGCCUUACAAGUUGCACGACAGAUCCUUCUCCAGCAACAACAGCAGAGCAGUGCCCACAAGUCCCCAAAAAACAAUGACAAACAGCCUGCAACACAGGUGCCAGUUUCUGUUGCUAUGAUGACACCACAGGUCAUAACUCCUCAGCAGAUGCAGCAAAUUCUCCAACACCAAGUCCUGAGCCCUCAGCAGCUCCAGCUGUUACUGCAGCAGCAACAAGCACUGAUGUUACAGCAGCAGCAACUCCAGGAGUUCUACAAGAAACAGCAAGAACAACUCCACCUUCAGCUCAUCCAGCAGCAGCAUGGCAGCAAACAGCAGAGUAAAGAGGUGUCCGCACAGCAGUUGGCGUUUCAGCAGCAGCUGCUCCAGGUCCAGCAGCUCCAGCAGCAGCAUCUCCUGAGUCUGCAGAGACAAGGCCUGCUGUCCAUCCAGCCCAACCAGACUCUGCCUCUGCACUCCCUCACUCAGGGCAUGAUUCCAGCCGAACUGCAGCAGCUGUGGAAGGAGGUGACAAACAGCCAUGUGAAGGAGGAGAACAGCGUGACCAAUAACGGUCACCGGGGUCUGGACCUGUCGUCCCCCUCCCCCAUUCCACCCAAAAACCACAACCAGCAUGGAUCCACCAACGGCCAGUACAUCAGUCACUCGCUCAAGAGAGAAGGGUCGACGCUGGAUGAUCAUUCCCCUCACAGUCACCCUCUCUACGGUCACGGCGUCUGCAAAUGGCCAGGAUGUGAAGCUGUAUUUGAGGAUUUUCAGACUUUCCUGAAACAUCUGAAUAAUGAACAUGCGUUGGAUGACAGGAGCACAGCGCAGUGCAGGGUGCAGAUGCAAGUAGUUCAACAGCUGGAACUGCAGUUAGCGAAAGACAAAGAACGUCUUCAAGCCAUGAUGACCCAUCUUCAUGUGAAGUCUACAGAGCCCAAACCCACCCCACAACCACUGAACCUGGUUUCCAAUGUCACUCUGUCCAAGACGGCUCCAGCAGCCUCGCCGCCCCUCAGUUUACCCCAGACACCCACCACCCCGACGGCCCCUCUCACACCACUGUCCCAAACCCACUCUGUCAUCACCCCGACCAGCCUGCAUAGCGUCGGGCCCAUACGCAGACGCUACUCGGACAAGUACAACAUGCCCAUUUCUCCAGAUAUCGUUCAGAACAAAGAGUUCUACAUGAAUGCUGAAGUACGACCUCCCUUCACUUAUGCUUCGUUAAUACGACAGGCAAUACUAGAGUCGCCAGAAAAACAGCUAACACUAAACGAGAUAUACAACUGGUUCACGCGAAUGUUUGCAUAUUUCAGACGCAAUGCAGCAACGUGGAAGGGUGCUGUGCGCACCAAUCUGUCCCUGCAUAAAUGCUUUGUAAGAGUUGAGGAUGACUUUGGGUCCUUUUGGACUGUAGACGACGAAGAGUUUAAACGCGGCCGCCACAUACAGCGAGGGCGACCCAGGAAACAUGUGGCUGAUGAAAACUGCGACCAGCUGCUUGUACAUAGUCCAGCUCUGGUAAAGAACAUCCACACCACUUUGGGAUACGGUCCCGCUCUUUCUGCAGCUUUCCAGGCUUCAAUGGCAGAGAACAUACCUCUAUACACUACCGCUUCCAUCGGAAGCCCCACUCUUAACUCGCUUGCCAGCGUCAUCCGAGAGGAAAUGAAUGGGGCCAUGGACCACGGGAACAGCAACGGUAGUGACAGCAGCCCUGGACGCUCGCCUCUGCCAGCUAUGCAUCAUAUCAGCGUAAAAGAGGAGCCACUGGACCCAGAGGAGCACGAAGGCCCCCUUUCCCUCGUGACAACAGCCAAUCACAGUCCAGACUUUGACCACCACAGAGAUUAUGAGGAUGACCACGGCACCGAGGACAUGCUGUAAGCCUGGUUUCUCCCAGGUCCUCUGCCGAAGAGGCCAUACUGACUGCGAGACCACUCCACAUAUAGCAAGCCCAAGACUGGAUUCACAAUCCUCUUGUUGACAGCUACUAAAAAUGUUCUGAUUUACUCUUAGUGCCAUUAAAUAUGAAACCAGAAUACGAGAUAAGAAAAUCUAUUCCAUUUGGAAGUAUUUUUGAUUUGUUUCUACUUUUGGGUUAAAAGACGAGAUGUGUAAAUUUCUACUCAUCGCCUGAUGAAGAGACGUUUGGUACUGGGGCCUGCUUCAACUUCCUUUUGGCAUAAGUGAGACCAGGGCGGACAUGAAAACACAGCUGAGAAAGACUCAAUGCCCUCUGAGUCAAAUAAACACUGAUCACAAACUCUUUCACACUCACGCACACACACACAGAUCAUAAGCGCUUGGAUGAGCGUGCCACUCACAGUGUGCGUGUACGUAUGUGACUUUAAGUCAUUGUCUCUGCCUUCAGAUACUCUUGAAGAGAUGGCGCACCCAAAAAUGUGAUUCUGUCAUGUUGUUCUGGACCACUUGAGGUUUUUUUAACCCAGAUUCCUCUCGUUCUUUUGCGAAACACAAAAUGAUUCAUUUUGAAGGGUAUAUUUGCUUGAUUUUUAAUAUAAUCAACAUACCGAAAUUGAAUGGUUUACUUUAGAGGUCAGUAGUGACAUUUAAAUUCUGAGUGAAUCUUUUUUUUGGAGUCAAAUCUUUCCAGUGAGUCAGUUCACACAUCAGACUGAUUCUCAAUUUCAACCAAGUUUAUGAAUUUUAGUGAAUUUCUGCUUGUAUUUUGUUUUGUCUCUUAUCUACAUAUGUUGUAUAAACCAGUGGUCCACAACCUUUUCAUCACCGUGGGGU